AUGGCAUCUAAAGGAGAUAGAACAAUAAGCACUCCCUCAGCAAGUCCAAGAGUCAGAACCAACUCCAAGUCCUCCAACAGUAACACAAGAUUAUCUCUAGAAUAUCGCGUUUUUGUCUCCAAUCUUGACAAGAUACAGGUUCCCAACAACAUUCAUGAAGCCAUUGAGAUACCACAUUGGAAGGCAGCUAUUAUGGAAGAAGUUUGGACCUUAGAAAAGAACAAUACAUGGGAGAUAGUUGACUUGCCACAAGGAAAACGACCAGAUUUCUUAGAAGAAAUGAAAAGACUGAAGAACAUCCUUGCAAAAGAGUUCGAGAUCAAAGACCUAGGAACCCUCAACUACUUUCUAGGAAUGGAAGUGGCUCGAACAAAAGAUGGAAUAUCGGUCUCUCAGCGAAAAUAUGUCCUAGAUCUCCUAUGGAUCCGAACUGGAAUGCUCGGAUGCAAGCCUGCAAAUGCGCCUAUGGAUCCGAACACUAAAUUAGCACUUGGGGAGAAUGAUACAGCAGUUGACAAGAGAAGAUAUCAGAGACUCGUCGGGAAACUGAUCUACCACACUAGGCCUGACAUUAGUUUUUCAGUGACUGUUGUGAGCCAGUUCAUGAAUAAUCUCAUGAAAGAGCAUAUGACGGCUGUUUAUCGAAUUCUGAGAUAUCUCAAGAUGACUCCUGGCAAAGCCUUAUACUUUAAGAAGAACACAAACAGGAGAAUAGAAAUCUUGCAGACUGGGCAGGCUCAGUUACUGAUCGAAGAUCCACAUCAGGGUAUUGCACCUUCAUAUGGCAAAACCUUGUCACUUGGAGAAGUAAGAAACAAACAGUGGUUUCAAGAAGCAGUGCAGAAGCUGAGUUCAGAGCUAUGGCACAUGGAAUUUGCAAAGGAAUGUGGCUUAAGAGACUCUUGA